AAUGAAAAUAAACGCAUAAGCAAGUUCCCCCCACAACCAAAACCUUGUGAUAGUGUUUGAAGCACUCUCCGAAAGAGUUGGUAGAAUUAAGCAGUAUAGGAGGUGUUGUCAACUGCGGUUUGGGAUUGGAGAAUUUAUUGCUUUCCGAUCUGAACAACUUUAGCUAUACCAUUACAUCAUAUGCCCUUUUUAAACUCUCUGAAUCCCAAAUUAAAGAAUUGGGACCCCAUCUCUUUCAUUCACCUUAAAAUAUACAUUAAUUCAGGACCAUAGUAUAGUAUAGUAUGUAUAUUUGAAUCUCACUCCAUUCCAAUUUCCAAAAGCAUUGUCUCAUUCUCAGUAAAUUUCAAAGUGGAGAAAUUAUUAUCUAUGUUAUGAAAAAUAAAAGCCUCAUUGAGUGACAUCACUAUUCACUAGUACUAAUUACAUGAGGUAGAUCAAGCAGUCAACGCCCAUUGUACCAAUUUCAUUAAAUACUCAUUCAACCAUAUAGAGUAACCAUACUCACGUGCCGUUAACUUCUCCGUUAUAAAAAACACAUGAGAUAACGCCGUUCCGUCCUUCCCACUUCACUAUUAACUAACAGCAAACAGUCCCACUAUACCAAACCAACAACAACCUCUGUCUCUUUUCUUUCAUUCCCUUCAGGUAUAAUACUACAUGAGAUUGAGACUAUGCAUCUAAGAAAUAAAAUGAAACCCUUUUUUAACUUCUUGAUUCUCCUAUCUCUAAUUUCACUCGCAGAAUCUUCAUGCAACAUUGAAAACCAGAACCUAGUAUCAAAGGCUUUUCAAUUUGUUUCUGGAUUCAACACUUCGUUGUUCCAAACAAAAAGCUUCAACUGUUCAAAUGGGGAGAUUAAGAUCAUAGAACUUCCAUCCAAAAACUUAAGCGGAAAUAUCUCAUGGAGAUAUCUAAGGAACAUGAGCAAGUUAGAAAUUCUUGAUCUUUCAGGGAAUUUUCUACAAGGUCAAGUCCCAAACUGGUUUUGGGGAAGUUCAAGUUUAUUGAUAGUGAAUCUCUCCAAUAACAGAUUCGGAGGAAGCAUUUCAUUGAAACCCAUUUCAAUUUCAUCGCUACAAAAUCUCAAUCUUUCACACAACAGGUUCACAAAUCAAGUUCAACUUUCAUUUUUUCAUAACCUUAAAAUCAUUGACCUUUCAUACAACAAUCUCAACACUUUACCUUCCGGAUUUCAAAACCUCACCAACCUUAACCACCUUGAUCUCUCAAACUGUAACAUCAAAGGUAACAUAAAACCCAUUUCUUAUCUUACUUCACUUUCUUACCUAAACCUUUCAAACAACACUUUGAACGGUAGUUUCCCUUCUGAAUUCCCUCCUCUAAACAACAUAAAAUUCCUCAACAUCUCACACAACAACUUCAAAUCCUCCACUACUUUAGAAAAAUUCAAAAAAUUCGGAAAAUCGUCGUUCAUUCAUGCAGGCAACAACUUCAAUUUCAAAAACUACAACGCUUCAAAAACACAAAAGAUUCAUUCAAGUUCAAAUUUGAAAAAGACAAAAGCAAUUCACAGGGAGAAGAAAAAAAAGUCAAAACAAAAAAACAUGAUUGUUGUGGCAGCGUCCUCGGCGUCAGCGCUUGUUUUUGUCGUGUUGUGUGGUUGUGCAGUGUAUAUUUGUUACAGAAGAAAAAGGCAAUUGAGGAAAAAUAAGAAGUGGGCAAUAGCGAUAUCGAAACCGAUGAUGCAAUUAACGGUAAAGAUGGAGAAAUCUGGACCGUUCGAAUUCGAAACAGAAUCGGGAACAUCGUGGGUGGCUGAUCUGAAAGAACCGUCAACAGCAGCGGUAGUGAUGUUUGAGAAGCCAUUGAUGAAUAUCACGUUCGUAGAUUUAAUGGCUGCCACGUCACACUUUGGGAAAGAAUCUCAACUUGCGGAAGGUAGGUGUGGGCCCGUAUAUCGUGCUGUAUUACCUGGUGAUAUACACGUGGCAAUCAAGGUGCUUGAGAAUGCCAGAGACGUUGAUCAUGAUGACGCUGUUACAACUUUCGUUGACUUAUCACAACUUAAGCAUCCAAAUCUGUUGCCUCUCUCCGGUUACUGUAUUGCAGGGAAGGAAAAGCUAGUGUUAUACGAGUUUAUGUCAAACGGUGAUUUAGGGAGGUGGCUACACGAGCUACCAACGGGUGAGACUAACGUGGAAGAUUGGAGUAGCGACACGUGGGAGAUUCAAAACGGCGUCGGUUCACGUGCCACGUCACCAGAAAAAAUGGGUUGGCCGACACGACACCGUAUUGCUGUGGGUGUGGCGCGUGGACUAGCUUUUCUCCACCACGCGGGAUCCAAGCCCGUCGUUCACGGCCAUCUUGUGACAUCAAACGUCCUCCUCGCCGAUGAUUUCGAACCACGAAUCGCCGAUUUCGGAUUUCGAAAAUUUGGACAACAAUGUCCUCCGAAUUGCAGCACCGAAACAGACGUUUACUGCUUCGGUGCUGUUCUUAUGGAGCUUUUAACGGGGAAGCCCGGUACGGCGGAGACGGUGGUUUGGGUUAGGAAGCUUGUGAGAGAGGGUCAUGGAGUGAGAGCGCUUGAUGAAAGGCUUAAACUCGGUGGUGGUGACUCAGAGAGUCAGAUGGUUGAGAGUCUCCGAGUUGCGUAUCUUUGUACGGCUGAGUCGCCAGGGAAGAGGCCCACUAUGCAGCAAGUUUUGGGCCUUCUCAAAGAUAUUCAUCUCAGAGUUGUACUCGAUUGAGUUGACUCGUUCAUUUUAUUUUAUUUUAUUUUAUACUACUCGGUUCUUUUUUAAUAAUUGGCAAUUUAGUCAACAACAAAAAUUGUUGUAAUUAGUCUGUAUUAUCAAAUACAUCGACUUGUCUAUUAUAAAAAAGAAUUGAGGAAGUAUUUUUUUUUUUAGUGUUCAAGGUCCACAAGAUUCUUAAAGGGUUUGAGGUUUAACCUAGAUGGAGCCUUGGUUUUGGAAUUGUACCAUGUUUUAUUUUUUGUUUUUCUUUUUUAAUAUUUAUGAUGACUAUGAUUGCAAUGUGUAUAUACCAAAAAGUUUAGGAGAAAAAGGAAAAAGAAAAAGAAGUGGGGUAUGAACCAUAUAGUAAGGGAAAAGCUUGGUAAUUAAUGAAUGAAGGGGGAGUGUUGUGUAAUUUUCGGGUGAUCGAGCAUGCAAAGAGUAGAGAUUCUCACUUACUAUUAUUUCUCUCUUCUAAAAGGGGCUUCCAUCA